CAGUCGCAGUGGUAACACGAGCGAGAGGGUAGUUGUACGCUCCUGCCUUCGAAAGGAAAGAUCGCGGCGAGGGGGAGAGAGCGAGCGAGUAAGUGAACGAGCGCGCGCGCAAGAGGGAAAGAGAGAGAGAGAGAACGCAAGCGAGCGCGCGAGAUAAAGAGAGAAAGAAGGAACGAAAGAGAGAGCGCGGCGCCCCUUGCCUCCGUUUUCAGUGCUUCAGUCGCGCGACGACGCUCUCGGACGCUUUAGUCAGUCGGUCGGUGACGAAGCUCCCAAACGUGAUACACGCGCCGUUACGUUACGUUACGUUACGCCGUUCCGUCGAAGGGGAGAACGAGAGCGAACGAAGCGGGGAGAAACACCGAGGAGGAGACGAACGAACGAAAUAACAAUUGUAUCGGUGAAAACAGAUACGCGAAGGAAAAAAGAAGGAAAAGAGGAGAAACACGAACAUUACGAGCGACGACUUCUGACGGUUUGCGAGUCGUCCUCUUGAACACACGAAUCUCCCAUACGAUCGCAAUUCCAACCAGAGUGUGAAUAAUAUCGAGAAGGCCAUUUUCAUAGCACGGCUUUACACGCGGUGAAAGAAAGCGCGCGAGUGUAAGAGAGAGAGAGAGAGACUGAACGACAAGGAAAGAACGUGUGUGAUUGUGGACACGAGAGAUUACGACGACUAGCAGGCCCACACGUUUCCAGUGUACGAGCACGACACUCACGCCCGUGCGUUAUUCACGUCGUACACACGCGUCGCACAGAGAGGAAGACCCGGACGAAAAAAAGAAAGAAGACAGAGAAACGAUCACCGACGAAGCGACGAUUUUAUUUUUGUACGGUGCAUCGUUGUUUUUCCUACGUACAUUACACGAGAAGAGUAGAUCGCUCGAUUUCUGCUUGGUGUAGCAGCGGCACUCUCUAGUCCUCGUCCUAGAAAUAAUCCAGUGUAUGUGGUGUGCACGCGCGCGCACGUGUGUUUCGUUGUUUUCCGAUCGUUUCGAGUUCAGACUUUGUCUGCGAGAUACACGUCUCCGUUCGGCGCGGUUCGACCGUUAAACUGACAACGACAAUUUGAUCCAGAGUGAGGUGAACUACACGAGGUGAAGGAAGAAAAGGAGAAAAAAGCAAAAAAGAAGAAAAGACACGGGCUGUGAAGAAAGGAAAUAAGUGGAGAAAAGAAAUCGGUGAAUAAAGAAACUGUGAUUUAUUACUAUCUGUGCGAACUAUCGACGUACGAUUCGAGUUCACCGGUGCGACACAACGCGAUCAUCUUAAGUCGAGCGAUAUGCCGACGAGUUUGUUCAGCGAAAUGGAUCGGGGAGCGAAUGGCGGUGGCACUGCCUCCCUCGAGGACCAACGAGCCCUGCAAUUGGCGUUAGAAUUAUCUAUGCUUGGUCUCGAGGGUACUCCCGGAUGCCCGGGCACUGGCACAGGAACCGGCACCGGAACGGCCAACGAUCCGGAUCCUCUGCAAACGACACCGGCAGGCGUUUUCGAGGAGGCACGUUCGAAGAAGAGCCAGAACAUGACCGAGUGCGUGCCGGUGCCUAGCAGCGAGCACGUGGCAGAGAUCGUCGGCCGACAAGGUUGUAAAAUCAAAGCGCUCCGUGCGAAGACCAACACUUACAUCAAGACGCCGGUGCGCGGCGAGGAGCCGGUGUUCGUGGUGACUGGCCGCAAGGAGGACGUGGCCCGUGCGAAGCGUGAGAUCCUUUCGGCCGCCGAGCAUUUCUCUCAGAUCCGCGCGUCGCGCAAGAGCUCGUUGGGCGCGUUGCUGGGCGCGCCUCCUGGACCGCCGGCGUCGGUGCCGGGGCACGUGACGAUUCAGGUACGAGUCCCGUACAGAGUGGUCGGCCUGGUGGUCGGGCCGAAGGGGGCCACCAUCAAGAGAAUCCAACAUCAGACGCACACCUACAUAGUGACGCCGAGCCGCGACAAGGAGCCGGUGUUCGAGGUGACCGGUCUACCCGAAAGCGUGGAGGCUGCGAGACGCGAGAUCGAGGCACACAUAGCACUUAGAACCGGCACAGGAACCACCCUCGACGAUUCGGAACUGCUAAGCGUGCUCUGUCGCGGUGGCCUGGGCUCGAUCCUCGGUUGCCUCGAUCCACCGGGCUCGAACGGCUCGAACGGAUCGAGCGGCGCAUUCUCCAGCAGCGGAAGUUGCAGCAGCUCGUCCAGCAGUUCCGGUGCACCUGGACUGAACGACCUGGUGGCAAUCUGGGGCGCCGGAAUGGAGAGGGACGAGGGACUAGGCGAGUCGCCGUCGUUCGAGUCGCAGACAGCGUCCGCCUCGUCGAUCUGGUCGUUCCCCGGCGUCGCGCUACCAUCCAGGCCAUCGCCGCCGGCGUCAGCGAGUCCCACCUCACCCACGGACUCGCUGCUCGGCGGUGGACGACGAGAAUGCGUGGUGUGCGGCGACAAGGAGGUCACCGCCGCCCUCGUACCAUGCGGACACAAUCACUUCUGCCUGGACUGCGGCAAUCGGGUCUGCGAGAGUUCCGAUCCUAGCUGCCCCGUCUGCUCCAGGCCCGUCUUGCAGGCACUUCGCAUCUUCUCUUAAGCAUCGAGCAGCCGGAGCCCAACAAACAUCGGAGAUAUAUCCCACACAGGCUCCUCUUCAGUUUUGCGUCGUGGCACCUGGUACAGCGGCUGUACACCGAUAUCAUUCUCACCGGAUUGGUUAA